AUGGUGUUCUCCGAUCCAACCCUCUGGAUAAGCACCUCUAGUAUCGCAUCUGUUCCGUUGUCGCCUAUAUUGGCCUCAAACACCCAUGAACUUGCGCACUUUGCACUUCUUGAUUGCACUUCUGCAAUGGCCUUUGGCCUUCCUCAACAUGUCGAGUAUGAUACCACAAUCCACUCUCUAUCCACUUGCAACUCUUCACAUCAGUGGUCACAUAUCUGUCCUAUGGAAUUUCAGCUAGUCCUUGCUGACAUCAAUGCUUGUCGUGACAAGUCACCUAACGCUCGCAGUUGGAGAGACAUUGAACGGCAUCUUUUGACAUGGCAGUCCCGACCAGGUCAAUACGUAUUCACAAAUUCAUGGAUGACGGUUGCAUGGUAUGCUGUAGAAGAGAGCUGGCGACUUGCGCUGUUGGCUUAUCUAUAUAUGUCUGUAUGCCAGGUCAGCUCGGAUGAUACAAGAGUGCAAUCUUGCAUCAAACAACUACUUCAAGUAGUCGGAACAAUCAAAAAACGGGGUUCAUCAGACGCAAACCUUUUGUUCUUUGUUCAAUACCUGAUGGUUGGAAUUUGUGCAUCGAGGGAGGCGCAACGGAAGAUUGUACGCGACACACUAUCGGUUCCUAGGGGAACCAAGUUCUGGCUUAUACGAGCAUCGGAUUUUGUCCCAGUCCUAGAUCAUUUGUGGCACGGGGCAGCAGCUGGGGGCCGCCCAGUCAAAUGGGCCGACUAUGUGCAUUCGCGUGAAGUAGCCCUUCCUAUUUUAAUAUGA